ACAGAUGAUUAUCUGAACAGAACUUUAGAAGACGAUCACCGUUGUCUUUUCGUCGUCAGGGAACUCCGUACGUACCAUCUAUAUACUCCUCAGUCUGGCACAACUUCCCUACUUGGGCAUUGAAGUCACCUGCUAAAAUAACUAGACUGUUACUGGUAGAAAUCAUCCCUUAGUUCAUCCGAACUUCAGUCUGUUGAGGCGUAUGCGGAGACUAUGAAAAGACAACGAUGGGUAACGCUGUCCUUCCUUCUUCUAACGGGCCGCACACAUACGACUAUCUACUGGGAGCCAGUCAAGAAGGGAUUUUGCUGCCCCAAACACUCAGUGUUUUGUGGUGCUAAUAGUUUAGGAGAAUGGUUUUCAGUGAGUGGAUGCUGAGUUCGAGUCUCACUACACCUACUGGGUGCUACUAUCAUACCUCACACUGUGCAUGGCUAAUAGCUUGGAGUGCAGCGAAAAUGUCUUUUGGGUAACUUAGUUUUAACCAGUUAACUAAACAAUAAAGCUGAAGGGCUAUGAAUGCUUCAGCAAGCAGUGGUGGGAAUUAGAUAUGUUAAGAAUGAUGAGUGCUGCUGGUUAAACUCUCACCGGUCACAAUUGUUGUAUUCAUUUCUCCAUCAAUCGAUUAGGUCUGAACAUUUAGUGUAAACGAGCAGGUUACUUUGAUACAUGGAGUUUAAUUGUCCCGAUGAGCAUACAUCUUAAUGCUUGGCGGAGGUAUGAGGAUCAUUAUCCUUAUCUUUUAUUAAUAUAUACUCGCACAAUAACGUUAUGAUUAAAGCAUAAACAAGAGAAUAUCUGACAAAAUUUAUUCUAGAGGUGAUCAAGCUAAAAAACGCUUAUAAAACACGUAGUAAUUAUUUAGUUCAGAACAUUCAUUGUGCGAUUUUUCACGAUUUAUUGUUUUCGUAGAUACUACGUUAAUCGAUUGUUUACUACUCCACUCAUUAUUCAAAACCAACCCCAGCCCCGUCACCCGAUGAGUGUUUUUAAGGCAAAAUAAACACUCGUGCAAACUUCUCAAAGCUACAGGUUUCAACUGUGAUAGAAUUGUUUGGGCUUGUAUUUCACAAUGCAGUGGCUUUCUCCUAAAAUGGAUAACACACAUGACAAUAUCAACCAAGAUGACUUCAGCAAUGACGAUCUUGAACAAGAAUUAUUAGAUUUACUGAAAGAAAAUCCGCCACAUACGGUUCCGAAUACAACUUUGUCUUCUACUCAGGGUAAAACAAAUUAUGAUGAAGAUGAGCUUUUACUUGCUCAACUUGUUGAAUCAAUGGAUAAUGGCAAUCAACCGUUGUCUGGGUGGUGGUGGUGGUGGUGGUUCUAA